CAAGAGAAAAAGGCAAUGAGCUGCUGUAAAUGGACACACUGAUUCUCACACGCUGACACUUUGAGGUUAAAGAAAAAACCUGAAUCUAGUCAAGUUUUAAUACCAUCAUCCGUUGGACAUUUCUAAUAAUCUGUGUGUGGGCUAGAUAAGCAGAAAUGUGUGCUGGGACAUCUGCGUCUCUCUGCUGGACUUUGCUCUCUGUCUGCAUCCUGUUUGUUGCUGCAGACUCGAUAAGCAUCACAGCCGAAUCUGGUCAAACUGUCACUCUGCUGUGUCGAGCUCAAAGCAACAAGCCCAUCGACACUGUAACAUGGAGCAGAUCUGACAUAACAGACGAAAAUGUCCUGAAGUACCACGGUCAGCAACUUCUUCUAUCAUACCAGCAUCCAUCUUUUAAGAACCGGGUGGAUCUGCAGGACAGACAGAUGAAGGAUGGAGACGUGUCUCUGAUUCUGAAGGACGUGACGAUUAAUGACGCUGGAACGUACGAGUGUCGUGUCAUUCAGAGAGGAAUAAACCAAGAGAAGCUCAUCAGCAGCAUCACCCUGAGUGUUGUUGAUCCUCCAGAUGAGCAAGGUGUACCUGUUGGAGUGAUAAUCGGUGCGUCAGCAGGAGCUGCAGCUGUCCUCGCUUUUAUUGCUGGUGGUAUUUGGAUGCUUUCGUGAGCUACAGAAAACACAAAGAGCAGUUUUAUCAGAAUUCAAACCAUCUUCCUGUUAAUCUAAAAAUUAAAACAAAUCAUUCAAUAACUGAACUGUGAGCUUUCUGUGCUUCUUGUCUGAGCAGUUAUACGUAGCGAUGGAUGUACAAUCAUCACACCAUGCUCACUCUCAUCAGACAUAAGGUGUUGUUGCCACAUAAUCAAUAAGGACUAAUUUAUUAAUCAGACAAAAUCAUAUCUGAAAAGUCAUAAAUUCAUCAAAACCAAGGUGUUAUUCUCAGUGUUUCUCUCUAUCGUCUUUCUUUUGUCUGUAAUUUGUCUUAAUUUCAUCAGGUUUUUUUCAUCAGUAAAAUUGUGUUUCAACCAUGAAUUAAUGUUCUGUAUGUGACAGUAUGAAAAUUAAUGAAUUUAAAUGUUUUAGCUUCUAUUUGGAAUCAUGUGAGUGUUUCACA